ACAGAUAACCGGGUCACGAAUUCACGAUGACAUCAUACUAAGCUUAAUUUUAAAAGUGACGUACUUUUACCAUCCGACGAUCAGUGAACCGCACAUCUUUGCGCGAUUAGAACUGUUUAAAAACGAACAAUAGUGAAAAAUGUCUUAUUAUCAAGAAAGAAAUGCCGGUCCCGUCCCGCCCCCUGCUUUGCCCCACGAUAAGGUGCGUCUAUACCACGUUGACAUGAACCCGUACGGCCACAGAGUACUCCUGAUCCUAGACGCCAAGCAAGUCAAGUAUGAGGUCUGCAAGUUGGAUCCUCUACGGCUGCCUGACUGGUUCCGAGCGAGGAAUCAGAGACUCAAAAUACCAGUCUUGGAAAUACCAACGGAAUAUGGCGAUAAAUGUUUGUUCGAGAGUGUCGUCAUUUGUGAUUACCUGGAUGAGAGGUAUCCGCGCCACCCUCUGCACUCCAAAGACCCUUACGUCAAGGCUCAGGACAGACUUCUUAUAGAGAGAUUCAACGAGCUCAUAAAAGGCAGUCUAGAGUGCUUCGAUACUAAUUUCGCGUUUGGCAGUGAACAAAUUAUACAAACUCUGGACAUAUUCGAGAAAGAGUUGGCUACUAGAGGCACAUUAUACUUCGGUGGCUCUCGACCUGGCAUGCUGGAUUACAUGAUCUGGCCGUGGGUGGAACGUCUGUACUUGCUGCGCUGUGUCAAUGAGAAGAAAUUUGACGAGAAACGCUCACUCUUUCCUAACUUUGCCGAUUGGGGUGACCAGAUGCAAGUCGACGAGAUUGUGAAGAAGCAUGCCAACUCGCCUGCGGAAUACUUUGAUUAUUACAAAAACGCUAGAGCACAUUCCAUGGGUUUCUAUUUGUAAUUUAAUACUUAAUUGUUAUGAACGGUUACAUCGAAGCUUAAAAUACCUAUUAUAGCCGUCCUUCAAAUAAAAACACUUUGCACUGUUUAGUUAUUUACUCAAGAAGUUAAAACUAUAAAAAAUAAAGAAUACUUAUUGUAAAAAUAAAUCAGUGAAUAAACAAAUUAAGCAAAUUAACAACAAAAACUAUGGCGAGCGGUAGCGAGCGGGCGGGCGGACAGUACGCUUAUUUGGCGCGCGAUUAACACCAAUAGGUGGCGCGUUUAUUUUACUCGCUAUACUAUGCUUAAAUUGUAAGUGUGUUCAUUACACAUACUGCCUUAUUACAAAAUUAAGAAGAUUAACUAUUUGGGUUAUAAAUGAUGGUUCAUAGAAAGUAGUAUGACACAUUGGAAUCGGAACGUCCGUAGACGUUCCGUCGUUGAAAGUGUUAAUGAAGGGUUUUACUUCUAACUUGCUAGGGACAGGUCCGAUUUUCAUGAUUUUUUUUCUUUUCUAAGGGUAGUUUGUAUAUAAGUAAUUUAAAAUCAGAAACAUCUUGAAUCCUAAGAUUCACCUAGUAGUCAUGAUGGGGACCCUUUUUUUUCGCAUAAUAUUGUUUGUUAAUUAGGCAUAACCGGUUAGGCAUAUUUUUUUUAGUCAUACGUCUUUUGUCAUAAUGGUUACUUAUCAUACUGUUUUACUUAGCCUAAUGCUCGUUAAGCCUAAUGAUGUUUGCCCUAUUCUUGUAGGUUUAUCACAUUUAACUUGGAUACCAUAGUGUAAUAGUAGGUUAGGGUGUGGCGGGCCCUAGGCCGCCAACAUGUUUAUUUAAAUAAGUAGGUGUGAAUUUAUGCUAAAAGUGUUUAUGGUUUAUUAUAUUAUGUGUAAAUAGUUAUGCCUAAUGCAUUUAUGCUUUUAUGCGUAACGAUUAUUAGGAAUAGUAAAUAUUAUUAUGCCAUGAAAAUUUAUGACAUACAAUUUUAUGCAACAAAAUAGGGAACCGUCAUGAUGGUGUUCAAUAAUCAUUCAUUUCGGACUUUCAACGGCACGCAUCUCAUUAAUCUUUAUGAUUUACCACUGAAACUAAUAUUCUAAGAUGUUAACUCGAAAUUUCCUCCACUCGACUCGACCUCAGCUGAGCAUUUUGGUAUUUUAAACUGACAUAUACGCCCUCGACUUGAGGACUUUACUCACUGGAGUCGAGCAUAUCAGUCUAUAAUGCUGUCAUGCCGCCUUGAGACGAGGUUCGCGCCCAAUUGGGCACCUUCAGGCCUGUCUUAAACGUUGUACCGGGUGAGAGCCUUCAGCGCUCCCCAUUUGUCCGGCCAAGUAGUUACUGCCAUCUGCGGCAAAUCUACAAUAAGUCAAAAAAAAAGAUGCUGUCAUGCCUUACUGGAGUAAACUCGAGUGGAAGUUGAGGUGAUGAGCUGAGUUCGAAGAAGACCUUGAGGUUGUGUCAACUGAAGAUUGAGUUUAGGAAGGUUUGAGUUAAUAUCUUAGGAUAUAGACCCGUCUGGUGAGAGGCAUGAUAAAUGCUAAAAAACAAUUACGUUUACACCUAUCUCAAGUGCGAUCACAAAUGUUUAUAAGUACUAAUAUACAAUUAUGUCUAUAUUUUUUAUAAAUAUGUUGUUUCGUUUCUAUAUUUGUUUAUAGCACUUUUUUGUUUGUAAUGGUGUUGAUUUCAGUACGGUCACGAGCAUUAAUAUGUACACACUUUGGUACCAUGUCACAUUAACUUUUUUGACAAAUUGAACUGUAAGUCUUACUAAAUAUCAAAUAUGUUAGUGCGACAGAGUCCUAAACUGGGUACAUUAUAUUGCUCAUGACUGUACACACCAUCUUAUUUUAUAUCAAUUUAUUAUACCUGUCGUUUUCUUAUUCGUCAAAAAGGAAAGGGACGGGUAAUCAACAAGCAUAAAAUUUAUGCAACACAUGUCAAUUUUAGGCAGAAUCAAAAUUGUACAUUGGCAAUAGGCCAAUAGUAGUAUGACACAUUGGAAUCGGAACGUCCGUAGACGUUCUGUCCUUGAAAGCUGUCGAGUAAUACUCGACAGGAUUGAAAUGACAGCACCUGACAAAUGGGUUGCAUACCAGUGAGAUGGCUAUUUGAUUCGCCCGGAUUAAGUCAUUUUAAAAUUAAUAGCUGUAUUAGCUGUCAAUCAUCCGUCCCUUUCCCUAUCGGUGGAUAAGAAAAUGAGUGUAGGUACUUCUAGUUUCAUUUAUUACGUUUUGGUUGAAAAAUCUUGAUGUAAAGCAUUUCUUGCAUUUAUUUUUAUAUUUUCACUUUACUAUUUAAUAAUACCUACCCAAUAUUAUUAUAUUGUUUUUUGAUAUUUUUGUUGCAAUUAAAAUGUACUUAAUUAAAAUAAGUUUAAUAAAUAAGAUCCCGGAUUUUGGCAGCCCUAAGUUUUGUUUAAUAAAUUUAAGUUUGAUAGAUCUUACGGUGGUAUUAAUAAACUAAUCUCAGCUUCGAGACUGCCCUCAAGAUCAUGUCAAUGUGACAGUUCUUAUAUAAAAACAGGGGCUUGAGCAUGAUCUUGAGGGCAGUCUCAGCUAAGAUUAGUAUAUUAGUAUCACCCUUAGACUAUUUCAAGAGUUUUUAGAGCUAUCAAACUUAAACUUAAAUUUAAUUAACCCCUGAGUUCUAAAGGCGUUAACUUGAAACUUUCUCCACUCGACUCUGCCUCAGCUGAGCAUUUUGGUAUUUUUGAGGACUUCACUCACUGGAGUAGAGCAUGUCAUACUGCCAACAUAAUAAUACGAAAUUAACGACGUCAUGUUUCCAGUUAACCUCACUGGAGUAUUCAAAUUCAAAUUCAAAAAUAUCUUUAUUCAAUAGGUAACAUAGUUACAUUUUGAAUCGUCAAUUUUUGCAUAACGAACGUCUCAUCCGCCUAAAACUACUGCAGCUUCUCACAACCUGUAUAGCCGGGGAAAAGAAGCUGCAAGAAAAACCUCGGCACAGGGCCCCAGACGUUCCUUAAAAAAAAAAUAAAAAAAUAUUGGUAUACAAUUGAGUAAUUUAGCUGCCUAAUAUCAGUUCUCAGACAGUUAAUCCCAUGCAGUAAACUGGAGAUAAGGUUGAGGCGCCGACUAAGAAUAUCGAUUUCAACCUGAGUUAUAGAGGUUUCCCUUGAGGUCACCUCAACUGAGUACGGAGUCGAGAAAGAUGUUAACUCGAACAUCUAAGAAAGGGCUUAAGUUUAGUAAUUUGUCAAAAACAAUAAAUAAGUACUAAGUAAGUAAGUAAUUACUAAGUUGAGGAGCUCGGUGGCGCAGCGGUAAAUGCGCUCGGUCUGCGAUUGUUAAAGUUAAGCAACUUUCUCAAAGGCCGGUCAUAGGAUGGGUGACCACAAAAAAAAAGUUUUCAUCUCGAGCUCCUCCGUGCUUCGGAAGGACGUUAAGCCGUUGGUCCCGGCUGCAUGCAGUCGUUAAUAACCAUCAAUCCGCACUGGGCCCGCGUGGUGGUUUAAGGCCCGAUCUCCCUAUGCAUCCAUAGGGAAGGCCCGUGCCCCAGCAGUGGGGACGUUAAUGGGCUGAUGAUGAUGAUGAUGAAGUAAGUAAUUACUUAUUCGUUUUUAAAAGAUCUGCGUUUGGAAUGGGGGACUUUCCAGCCUCCGUUCUCCAAAAAAAUAUAUAUCAAUCACGGAACUGUACUGAGGGGUUAAAAUGGCCACAUCGAAGCAAUUCUUCUAAGAAAGUAAUUGAUAUUUUGACAUUUGUUUGCAUUGCGCACUUACUUUUAUAUGCGCAAAUGUUCAACAGAUCAACGCAUCUUUUAUCUUUGUUUUCAGGUUAGUAUAAAUGAUGACCCUUGUUAUUACACUCGGGCACAACACAUCUUCCCCUCAUUAUUAAAUUCUGAUCAAAAUAAAUAAAAGCAAUAUAAGUAGGAACAUAAUUCUAUAGGCACAUAAUGGUGAUCCAAAUACCAUACAAUGCCCCUGCCAUAAGAUUACAUUUUUAAAUAAUUAUGUACCCGAGUAAUGAGAUAAUAGUUAAUUUAUUUUUUUUAUUAUUUAGGGAACAUAGCCUGGAUAGGCCCUCAUUAAAAAAAAAAACAAAAAUACUUCGAAACGUCACAAUUUUUCUCCCG